GAACGCAUUUUGGGAACAGCCGACCGAGAAAGUUUUGCGAAUUUUAACUUCGUCUCGUUCUAUUUUAUAUUUUGGAGGAAAUCUCGAUAUUUCGCAGAACUGAACGUUCAAAAUUACUCGAGGCUGGUGACGACCGAAGAGUUGAUAAAUACGACGGUCUCGAACGAACCUAUCAGCGUUUCGCGAACGCGGCCCGUGAUUCCUUGCGCGUUCCGAGUUCAGAUCAAGGUUUUCUGAUCGGUCGUCACAGUUUGAGGAGGUGGAAAAGUGUGUUCCGUGCGCUUCACUCGAUAUUCUUUAUGAGAUCUUACAUUUAACGGUUGGCUCCUGAAUUUCUUUCGCAGCCGUAAGUAAAUACCGAGCUUUCUCAUCGCCGCGUUCCGUCUGAGAGCCGCGGGGUCCCGUUACAGAGCCGUACUAUUGCGACGUACGCGAGAGGUCGAGACGGUUCCAGGCGAACAUGUCAGCCGCAACUACACACAAAUAUCGUUACAAAAAUGUGGGCCUGGACUCGCAGGAGCUCAGAAGACGCAGAGAAGAGGAAGGUGUUCAGUUAAGAAAGCAGAAAAGAGAACAGCAGUUAUCGAAAAGGCGCAAUGUUCCUAAUACAGUUACAGACGAUGACAGUGUUCCGACAAACGAAUCUGCUUUCCCAGCACCACAAUCGAAAACUUCUGCCAUUGUACUUGAAAUGGUACAAGAAUUGUAUAGUCCUAAUCCAGAGAAUCAACUGGCAGCCACUCAGAAGUUCAGAAAAAUGUUGUCUAGGGAACCGAAUCCACCGAUAAACGAGGUUGUGAAGACAGGGAUCGUGCCGAAAUUCGUCGAAUUCUUGCAGAACAACAAUAACUGCACUCUGCAGUUUGAAGCUGCUUGGGCUUUGACGAAUAUAGCGAGUGGGACGUCUGAGCAAACGCGCGUCGUUAUCGAGGCCGGGGCUGUACCCAUUUUUAUACAGUUACUCAGCUCCGAAUACGAAGACGUCCAGGAACAGGCUGUUUGGGCAUUGGGCAAUAUCGCGGGAGACAGUCCUGAGUGCAGAGACCACGUGUUGGACAGUGGCAUUCUCACUCCUCUCUUGCAAUUACUUUCUAAGGCUACGCGUUUGUCAAUGACGCGCAACGCGGUAUGGGCAUUAUCGAAUCUCUGUCGAGGCAAGACACCGGCACCUGAUUUCGCGAAAGUGGCACCGUGUUUGCCAAUUUUAGCUCAUUUUCUUAAUCACACCGACGGCGACGUGCUCGCCGAUGCAUGCUGGGCACUCUCUUAUCUAAGCGACGGCCCCAACGAGAAGAUCCAGGUGGUUAUCGACGCUGGUGUAUGCAGACGUCUUGUCGAGUUGCUCGUACAUCAGCAGGAAACCGUGGUCAGUGCCGCGCUCCGAGCAGUGGGCAAUAUAGUUACAGGCGACGAUGUACAAACACAGGUCGUUCUUAAUUGUAACGCGUUAAACUGUUUGUUCCGUCUGUUAAAUUCAGCGCACGAAACUAUCCGCAAGGAGGCUUCCUGGACGAUCUCGAACAUUACGGCAGGAAAUUCUCAGCAGAUUCAAGCUGUCAUCGAUGCCGGGAUAUUCCCGAUCCUGAUCGAUAUUUUGGCGAAAGCUGAAUUUAAGAUCCGGAAGGAAGCAGCAUGGGCGAUCACUAACGCUACUAGUGGCGGCACGCCCGAGCAAAUACGUUAUAUCGUCGUCGAAGGGUGCAUUCCACCUUUAUGCAGUUUGUUAACAGUAAUGGAUCCUAAGAUCAUUCAGGUCGCGUUGAGCGGUUUAGAGAAUAUUUUGCGUGUAGGAGAACGAGAUGCUGCCACGCACACUGGUAUCAAUUAUUAUGCGGUAUUAAUCGAAGAAUGUUACGGCCUAAACAAAAUAGAAUUUUUGCAAUCUCAUCAAAACACAGAAAUCUAUCAGAAGGCUUUCGACAUAAUCGAACGGUAUUUCGGCUCUGAGGAAGAAGACACGCGAGUCGUGCCCAGCAUCGACGCGCAGGGACAACAAUUUCAAUUUAGAGCGCCCGAUUCAUCCCAGCUACCGGUUCAAGGCUUCGAUUUUUAAUCGAUUAGUUUUUAUCGAACCUCUGAAUGUAUCACCUGGUUCAAUCAUGUUUCGUUCGUGUUGCGUUUAAAUCCUUUUUUUGUAAAAGGGACAAUCUCCGAAAAGAAAGAAAAAAAUCGAUCAAAUGCAAAACAGUGGAAUAUAUAUAUAUAUAUAUAUAUAUAUAUAUAGUUUUCGAAUUCGUUUAUACCAAACAGGGACAUCAGCAACAACAAAAAUCUCGAAGUGAUCAGUUUUUUGCUCGACGAUAAAGCAUGAGUAAAAUGUUUGUUCGCAGUUAUUUUAAGUGGUCCUCUCUUAUUAUUUCAGCUACUUUAUAACGCAUUGAUCUAAGUUUUACAGAGAUACGAUUGUUUAAUUACAGUUCGUUUCCAGAUAAUGCGGAUACGUACUCGAUUCGUAUUCGAGCGCGUAACGACAAAUGAAACGGUAUUUAGCAUGAGACAUUUAGUUUAUCGGGAUUAACAAAUUGAAACUUCUUAGCGCUUAAGUAGAGAAAACAAAACGGAUAUGCACGGAAACACAGUGAUCAGGACGAUUUACUACGGACGAGGUACAGCACCUGCACCUCAAACGACGUACGACUGACUCAGAAUUUACGAGAAACGAAAAAGUAAAAACGACUUGCGCAACCGGCAAGACACUAACGACUGAAGUACGCGACUACGUAGCUAACACGGACAACAUUACGCAACGCGUUACUCACAUCCUUACUACAUUAGGUAGGAACAUGACCAAUUAAACUUUUUUACUGUAAAUACGUAUCUUGUAAUUUUAAGGCUAUUCUAUACAGAGUGCCCUUAAACAAUGAAGCAAACAAUAUCAGAUUAAUAUUAAUUCGUUUUCUUAUUUUCAAUGUACCCACGUAUUAUGUAUGUUCAUAAUGUUUUAUCUAAUAUAUUGAGAUAUAUUGGCAAAACAUUUACCACAACCAGAUCGGAUUGCGAAAUUUGCAGAGUCUAUCUAUGUAUAUAAUUACGACGAAAAUUAUUAUUUAGAUUUCUUUAAAACAUAUUCUUUUUUCAAGAUAUAUAAAAAAUUGAAAUGGUUACACAUAAUAAAUAUUUUGAAGAUAAGUUUGUACACUUUGAUUAUUGAGAGUAAAUUUUACCACGCACAUCGUGAUAUAUCAACCGUAUUCGCGAUUGUACAGCACGUUAAAAUGUUGGACAUUCUGUAUAAAAGGUCUGUGACUGUAUAAAAUGUAUUUAUUAUUUAGGUUUGACGGUAUCAUAUAUUAUGCAAGAUAUAUACAUAUACAUAUAUAUAUAAUAUCUACUUUUAGUUACGGACUCGAAUUAUUACGACAGAGGAGGACUGUAUUAUAAGAAACACGUAAGCGAACAUUUUGCUGAAUACGAUAUUUUAGCAAGAUGUGUACUUACAAAUACUUGUUGCCAAUUUAUAAAAUGCUUACUAGCUAGAAAUAAGCAUACUGAAGAAAGGAUUUUGCCAUUUUACGAUCUACAUGCUUUAACUACUUAUUUUCACUAAAUAUUAAUGAGAAACACAUGUACGGAAAUUUCGUUAUUAAAGAAAUUAUUAUACGUGAAUACUUGCUUUUACGUAUACUUUUCUUAUUCGAUUUUCCUUAAACACAUAUGUAGAAUAUUCCGUUUUUACACGAUAUAAUUUAUUUCCAAAGUAUAGUUAAAUUUUAUUAGCGGAGUACUUUGAAUCUUUUUAAACAAAUUCGCGUAAAAAUACGUGAUUUAUUAUUUCCGAUGUAAAAAUUAAAAAAAUAGGAUUAAAAUGUUGCGUACAAUGUAUAGAAGGGAGAAUGCAUGGUAAAUUGGCAAUUUAAGAGACUAUUAAACAAUACAUGGACGUGGACGGACAUGUUACACUAUUAGGAAUACAAGACACGAUUACGACAUACGGGAAGGAACCUGUUCAUUGUACCUUUACUUUGACGCUGUAAUUAACAUGUCGAGAGCAUAACUGAAAUCAUGUCGGAGGCACCAGUCUCGUUGUUAUAUUUUUUGAAGAUUUGUAGAAAUCGCCAAAUUACUAUUGAAAAGUCUUUAUCCGAAAGAUGUUGAUUUGCUGUACUGUCAUUUGACGUAACAAAAUAAAGUUGAAUAUAAAUAUGGAAA